UCGGCCUGCAAGCCCAGCAGAAAGAGAAGCAGAAAGAGCUGCAGCUGGACGAAGACCAGCAGAAGACCAGAAGCUGCAGGAGCCUCCAGCCGCCCUGAGUUUUUCUUAUUGCUGCUGCUGCAGAGAACAGAGAUGCUGACUCUGCUGCUUCUGGGAUUUACUUUCUUGCUCAGCGGCAUCCAGCCGGUCCGGUCCUCCGUCACGUCCAGAUUCCCGUCGACGGUCAGCUCCAGGUUUUCACCUCGGAGAUGUGAGGUCUUCAUCCCUCCUCCUCUUCCUCCUCCUCUGUUUCCUCCAAUCAAACGGAGAGCAGAGCUGAUGGUGGACAUCACAGAAGACAUCACAGGACCUAAAGGGGAGAAGGGCUGCAGAGGAACCAGAGGACUCAGGGGAGAACCUGGAGUGAAGGGACCAGAUGGAGAACCAGGAGAACCAGGAGUCAUGGGAACACCGGGCCAGAAGGGAGAAAAAGGCGACCGAGGCUGGAGGGGUCUGUACGGAGAUAUCGGGACUCCUGGCAUGAUUAAGGGCUUUAAAGGACGUAAAGGAUUCAGGGGCGAUAAAGGAGUGAAAGGAAAACGAGGCCUCAGUGGACAGAAGGGUGAACCAGGCGUCACUGCAGCACCAGGAGAGAAGGGCGACCCGGGUCAGCGGGGCGAUGCCGGCCAGAGAGGGGAAGCUGGAUCGAGAGGAGAACCUGGAGCAAGAGGAACCAUGGGGUUGAAGGGACCUCAUGGACCAACAGGACAGUCGGGUCAUCCUGGUCCAGCAGGACUACCAGGUCUGCCUGGAGACUCUGGACUCCCGGGACAAGUGUUCGUCCUUCCAGGUCUGCAGGGAGAAGCAGGAAGUCCAGGUCCAGCAGCCGAAUGCAGCUGUCCACAGGUUCAGACGUCCCAGAGACUGAAGGACCGAAUCCAGACGGUUUUUAUCGCAGACGGGGAGAAGGAGAUGAGGAAGCUUCGGUCGGAGAACGUGAUGGUUCUGAGAACAGACAGAAAAGCUCUUUACAUUUACACCGAAUCCCAGUGGAUCAACGUUCUGGAGGACCCCCGACACUGAUCCAGCUGAUCGAUGGACGUCACAUCAGACAGCAUCUUAUUCUAUUUACAGUCUGAUGAUUUAUGUGCAGCAUGUGCAGCAUUUCAUCCACUAAACAACUGUUUCUGGUUACACAGUUAAACCACCCUUAACUCUGUGUUCUUCCCUGUAAUUUGACUUGUUUUACUCCCUAAAUCUGUGAUAUUUCUUUAUUCUACUGCCCUGUAGAUGCUGCUGCAGUGAUCCAACAAAGAGAUCAAUAAAAGUCUGAUUCCUGCCUCUAACCUCCA